GCGAUUCGCUGUGGAUAUGGAGAGAUUUCUGGAGGCUAGGGCUUGGGAGGUGGUUCCCGGAGGGAUUAUGGUGAUCAUUUGUUUGGGCGUUUCUGAUGGCGUUUCUGCUUCUCAGCUUCCGUUUGGAAUUCUGUAUGAUAAUUUGGCUUCUUCUCUCAUGGACAUGGCUACGGAGGGACUACUUAACGAAGCUCAGGUGGACUCGUUCAACUUACCUAUAUACAUCACAUGCCCUGCAGAGAUGACAAGAUUGAUAGAAAAAAAUGGACAUUUUAGCAUCGAGCGAAUCGAGCUAGCAGAGCCAGCGACAUGGUUGAAAGGGAGCAUCGACACUCGAGAGUGGAUCAAUCAUGUAAGGGCAGCAAUGGAGGGAACCUUCCUCGAGCACUUUAAGAAGGACUUAAUCGACGAAAUGUUCGAAAGAACCAUAAGAAGGCUCUCGCAGUACUCCAAGGAGAUCAAUGAAAAACUCCAUGAAAAGGUUCAACUUUUUGCUGUUUUGAAGCGCAAAGAAUAAAAUGAUGCUAAUUUUGAUCUAUUCUAAAGAUCAAAGGGAUAGCAACUAUGCACACUGCCCUAAUGUUUGUCAAUAGACUUCUUGAAAUUGUGGAAUUGCACUUGGAAUAAAGGAUAAAGUGUAACUUUUAGACCA